AUGGAUCCCAUCGACGUGGCCACAAUCCCCAGCUGCCACGUGGUGGCCAUGCCCUCCCCAGGCCGUGGCCACAUCAACCCCAUGAUGAACGUCUGCAAGCUCCUAUCAUCCAAUCAAGACGUAAUCAUAACCUUUGUGGUCACUGAGGAGUGGCUCGGCUUCAUCGGCUCAGCCCCGAAGCCAUCCAACAUACGUCUCCGUUCCAUACCCAACGUCAUCCCAUCAGAGCUGGUCCGUGGGGCCGACAUGGUCAGCUUCUUUGAAGCCGUCUACACCAAGAUGGCCAAUCCAUUCGAUCAGCUUGAUCAACCGAUCAGCUGGAUCAUAACUAGUACUUACUUGACGUGGGCCGUUGAGAUCGGCAAUCGGAGGAAUAUUCCAGUGGCAUCGCUGUGGACGAUGUCGGCGGCCGUAUUUUCCAUCCUCUAUCACAAUGAUCUGAUCAUGUCCAACCUUCAUUUAACGGCUGGUGAUGACUUAUCAGGAUAUUCUGAUUUUGCUGAGAGGUUGAAUUCUCUUGAGGAACAGGUAGCUUAG